UUAUAGUCCUUAAACCAUGAACAUUUCAGACCAUGAAAAUUCCCACUUAAACUAAUUAUGUCUAAGAGAAAAGUUGUUUUCAAGAAUGUUGAAGCAUCAGCCUCGAAAGCAAAGAAGUUUCACGAGGAUGUAAAUUCAAGCGAAGUUCUGUCAACCGGCAUCAAUAUACAAGCUGCCAUGUCAUCGGUAGACCCUUCGUCAAAUGAAAUGGAUACCAGUAUGAAAGCCUGUUUAUCUUGUCGGAAAAAGGUGUUAGCCCAAGCUGUAUUCUGCCCUCGUUGCCGUAGUACCCAAUUUGAGCCUAUUCUAGAGGCUCAGCUAACUAUUAACUGUCCAGGAAAAGAUCAACCUUGUGGAAAUAAAUUGAAUGUUGAUGAUGUUUUCUGCAUGAGUUGUGGAGUUGAUGUAGAUCAGUCCUGGUUUAAAGGCAUUGAUUCUCACAACACCUUGAGCGAUAAGGCAGAUGAUUCCAAGGAACUUCAGCCAGAUCAUGAUACAAGAACAGACACCACUGAGAAAUCAUCAAACCUGCCAAUGGAAACAAGUAGUGCUGCCGAUACUGCCUGUAUAUCUGGUGAAGAUCAAAAUGAAUGGGAUAGAAAAUCAAAGGCCAAUUCAGAUGUGUCUACUGGUACUCCUAAAAAUCAGCAACAGAAUAAUUCUGAUCAUAGUUCAUCAGCUGAAAAUGAUACUUCUCAUCCCCUUGACUCGAGUAACAACGAUGAUAAUACCAGUGAUAACAACACUUGUGACACUGAUAAGCCACAGUAUGAACAAGUAUUUGGUAAUGCUGGUCAAAUUGCUCUGAACGAAAAUAAUUCUCAGCGUGGAUUAGAUGAUGCCAGCAAAAAAAAUUCUGCACAAACUGAAAAUGGAAAUAAGACUCCUACAAAUGUGAACAAAUCUGGUAAUGAAAAGAAAACAAAUGAAACCAGGCAGAAAAGGAAACCGAAUGUGACACAAAAUACCCAGUCCAGUCAAAAUGAUCCAAACUGUCGAAGAACCACACGGUCUCAAUCUCAGGCAGAAGAAGUGGAAGUUAUGUUUCAUGUGAUAAUCUCAGAUAUUCGAAAGCAUGAUCCAAAUGAAGAAGACCUUUAUAUUGUUUUUGGAACAGAUGUAUUAGGCAAGUGGAAUUCUCGUCAAUGGAAGAUGAAGAGAAACAGUGAAAAUAGAGACUGCCAGGAAUAUAGUUUGUCAGUAAAAAUGCGUAAUGGAACUUUUGAGUACAAGUACAUCUUUGUGGACAAGCAUGAUGCUGAUGCUGAAUGCAUGUAUGAACGUGUUCAUUUUAUGAAAAGCAGGACUCGGAAAGCUGAUCCAAAUCGAAUUUUAAAGUUACCAGUGUCACAGAGAUCUAAAGAUAUAUGGCAUCAAUAUGAUGGCUUUGUUUACCACCCUAAGCCAAGCACAGAUUGGUUUGAAAAAAUAAAAAAGGUUUUCAAAAACACUAAAGAAAAAUACAAAAGUGACACAAGGAAAGCAGCAGAGCAUUUCCUUCCUUCUUCUGAUGAAAUAAUUCAAUCUCUGAAAGAUCCAGAUGGGCCAGUUCAUGCUGAAGACUUGCUCCAAAAGAUUUUUGCUGUAAUGAUGUCACUGAGAAUACAAAUGAUAGAUGAGCAUAAAAACCAGACUGAUGAGAGCUUUUUUGUAGAAUGUUUUGAUUUGAUCCUGAUGCCUCUUUUUGAGGAACUGUCACAGUGUGUUAAAAAGACGGUCAUCUCUGAGCAUGCAUUAUCUGUGGCCAUCUGCAUGCUGUUGAUCGUGGGGGAGAAAGAGUACCAAAUUAACAUGCACAAAUAUGAGCACAAGAUGGGACUUUUGUUUCAAGCAUUAUUACUUCAGGCAGACUGUGAGAACAGAUCCUGUUCAAACUACGAGCUAAUGAAGAGAAACUUUCCAAAGAUGGAACAAUUAAUAACCAGUACUCUAAGGCAAAGAAUCAAAGAACAUGUGGGGAUUAUGCAAACUGACUCGACAUGGUUGUACUGUAUUCCACUGCUUCAUUUUCUUUGUGGAGAUUCCGAGCCUUUUAAAAUGUCCAACUCGUCUGGUCAUCGCAGUGAUAAAUGGUGGGGCCUUUCAGAACUUCAUCAUGAAAAGGAUAUUUUGAAGCAAUACACCAAUGGUUUUUCUUACACAGAGAACUGGUUUGCAGAUUACACAGGAUUUUACUACCCAUCCAGAGUACAUGUGGCAGCAUCAGAUUGGAGCAUUCAUGUACAAACUGUUAUCAACGAUCUACAAAUGUUAUUUGAGGUUGAUUACCUUUUACCAAGGAGUAUCAUGGCAGUUAUUACAUUUGGACAGCUUCAAUGGGCAAUAUCACCAGGGCGAAUUCCACCAUACAUUGUUGCAGCAUGUCUAUUCUAUUACUGUGAUUUACUGAAGACACGACAACUCACUCCAGAUUGCUGUGAUUUGUUGACUAGCCUGCUAUUGGAUAAUGCUGAACAGUUCAAGAAAAGAUAUCAAAAGGAACUAUUACCACAAACUUCAGUGGGAAAAUGUCAAGUUAUUAAGCAGGAAUUUGAAAUAUCAAAGACCAUUACAAAGGACCUUUUGGAAAAUAAUAUUGGUCAAGUCAAAAUGGAUCAGUUAAUUCUGCCUAUUGUAUCUGUUUGGAACAACAUGAUAAACUUAGAGUUGCAAGAAACUGAACUGAAAGAGCGCUGGGAAGAGAUGCUUUUGGAAGCUUUUAAAGAGGAUAUUUGCUUAGUUCUACAAGAGACAGUAGACAAACUGUUAGAGAAAGGAGCGGUCCAGAAGAUACCAUUGCAGCAUAUCACUCCAGGGUUUUAUUCAAAAAUCUUUCUUGUCCCAAAGAAAGAUUCCGGAGACCUCUGCAUGAUUCACAACCUGGCAUACUUCAAUCUGCAUCAUCUAGAACCACCUCUGUAG